UUCAAAGUGUUGUUGCAACACGGAAUGCCUGAGGGUAACUCCACUACAUCAGUGUCAAUCGAAUCCAUAAGAGAGAUUAUGCCUCUAAACUCAACCGAGGCGUUGGUUGACUUCGAAGUGUUUCUGGAGAAAAAUAACAAUAAAAAGGCGUUUGAAAAGUUUCUGGCGUCUUUUGUGUUGCUCAAGAAGCCUCUGAGGGAAAUAACCAUGCUUCUGAUUGAGAAAGUGUUCAGCCUAUACUUGCAGACGCAAGUGAAUUAUUCAGGAGCUGGUGGCAAACACCCACUCAAAUCGUUGUGUUCAACGCAAGUAUUGAUCAAAUCGAUUGUCGAUCAUUCCCUCUUCGACACCACAGAAGACCCGGCUACACUGGCAUGUGCCGAAUUCCGAUACCAAAUGCAACAUGUAUGUGAUCGAGUUAGGACCAGUGAACGACGGCAAUCUGCAACCACAAACCGAAACCCGACGAGCCGUAAGAAACUCCGUGUUCCACUGAAGGUGGAGUUCCUCAACGUGCACGAUGACGACGAAGAAGUGGACAAAGAUGCACCCUAAGACAAUGCGACUUGAGAUAAUGAAAUUAAAAAGAAGUGAAUGAAUUUUAAAAGUAAUACUGUUUGUAUUUGAUUGUUUUAAAUAUUUUUUUUAAAUAAAAAGACAUAAAACUGGAUUCUUUUCGUCACUAAAAUGUAUGAAUAAAGGGUGCUACAUGGUAAUCGCAAUUAUUAUAAUUGUAUGGCAAACAAACCAUUUUGCUUAUUGUUGGAUUCAAUUGGAAUGUUUUUUCGCAGGAUUCAAAAUUCCCUAAUAGCAUAUACAACUUUCGGGUCAACUUUGAAUUACAUAGAGAUUCUUUUACUUCAAACAGCUGCCCGGUUACAAAAAUAUCUUCAUCUCUCUUUUCAAAGAAACUUACUCUCAAAAUAACAAUUUCAUUUGGAGAAACCCACAUGAUACAAUUAUCACUAACUUUAUCUGCACGAACAGUGAAAUUGGGGUAGAUCAAUCUGUAGAACUUGUGUUGGUUAUAAUCAAAAUGACUUAAUUUAACUGUACUGUCACUGUUCGAUUUUAAAGUAUUAACAAAACCAGUAUCUUCCUGAAGUCUAUUAAAUAUUUGUUGCAAUGGUUUAUUUUGAGCAUGUAUGUACCGUUUAAUCUUUUUUAUGCCGGCUUCGAAUGGGUAG